AUGUCCGAACCCGACACCGGCGCAAACGCCGCGAGAACAGCUCACAGCUACAAGCAGCUGAAGGAGGAUUUCGUGUCCAACUUGUCAGGCGGUUCAGUGAUAGAGGUAGCUCAAGUUUGCGCCGUAGCACCAGUAGUAACCCUCCUCUGGUCCGUCCUCCAAUCCCGCCAAUCCUUCUUCAAACCCUAUACCCCCCUCGGCUUCGUAAUCGACUACCUCCUCAACGUCGGCGCCCUCCUCCUCUCAGUAACCCUCUACUCGAGCUCCCCAAUCCUCCUCAACAUCCUCCUCCUCACCGCCGCAGCCUUUGUCUACGCCGUUCCACCAUCCUCCUCCUCCAAAAAGAAGCCAGCCAGACCCAGCAAUGCGAAAUCCUCCACCACCACCAACCCCCAAGGGCUUUCGGUGCUCUCCACAAAGCCCUUCCUGACAAACUACCGCGGCAACAUGCUAGUAGUGACCUGCAUCUGCAUCCUCGCCGUCGACUUCCGCCUCUUCCCCCGCCGCUUCGCCAAGGUCGAGACCUGGGGGACUUCCCUCAUGGACAUGGGCGUCGGGUCGUUUGUCUACUCUGCCGGCAUUGUCGCCUCUCGGCCUCUGCUAAAAGAACGAGCAGAGGGCAAGACCACCCCCCUCGGCACAAGAUUGAUCAGGUCAUUCCGUCACUCUUUGCCCCUUCUCGCCUUGGGAGUGGUCAGAUUACUCAGUGUCAAAGGGCUGGACUACGCGGAGCACGUGACCGAGUAUGGAGUUCACUGGAACUUUUUCUUCACUCUGGGUUUCCUGCCGCCGUUUGUGGCGCUUUUCCAGUCUGCGCUGGCGGUGGUGCCUUCGUAUGCGGGGUUGGCGGUGUUGUUGAGUGUAGGGUAUCAAACCGUUUUGGAGACGACGGGGCUCAAAGGAUGGAUUUUGGUUGGGGUGAGGGACAGUUUGCUGUCUAUGAACAGGGAGGGGAUUUGCAGUUUUUGGGGGUAUCUAGCUAUCUUCUUGGCCGGGCAGGACAUGGGGAUGGUGGUGCUGCCUAGGAGCUUGGGCUCUUCUUCAAAAGCUUCUGGAAAAGUGCUGCUGACGAAGAUGGGGAGCUGGGCGGCGGUUUGGAUGGGGAUGUACUUUUUGGCGACGGACUACAAGUACGGGGCUAGUUUGAGCGUGUCGAGGAGGUUGGCAAACUUGCCUUACAUGCUGUGGGUUGUGGCGUUCAACCAGGGGCUGCUGUUUGCUUUUGCGGUGGUGGACGUGGUGUUUUUUCCGCAGUUUUACAGCGCGGGGGAUGCGAGGGCGGAGAAGGAGGCGUAUGAGACGGCCACGAGCAGGGUGCUGAAGGCGUACAACAGGAAUGGGCUGGCGGUGUUUUUGCUGGGGAACUUGCUUACGGGGUUGGUGAAUAUGACGGUGCCGACGCUUCAUGCGGGCGGGCUGGCGACCAUGGGGAUUUUGGUGGCGUAUAUGGGGGCUGUGACGGGGGUGGCGGUGGGGUUGGAUGCGUGGGAUGUUACGAUCAAGUUGUAA